CUUGGAAGAAAAAUGAUACGUGGUAUUUCAACUGCGACUGCAUUAUUCUUCAAGAAGAAAGUAAUAUUCAGUCAGGAUGCCUUGAGGGUGAGUAAAACAUGGGGAAAUUUAAUUUUGCCUAUGAAAUAUCCCUUUAAAGCCGCUGUUGAUGUGAAUGAAGACUCAUCAAACCUUGUGAAGCAGUACAUGGUAUUUUAUAUAUAUGUAUAUCUAUAUACUGUAUAUCUAUAUAUAUUAAAUAUCCUGUCUUUUUUUCUUAAAAACCAACUCUCCCCUUCACCCCUGAUUUGUGGUUCAUUAAUUUUUGUAUUUGACUCAUUAGAAUGUUGAACGUGAUGAUUACCUCAAUUCACAACAACAACCUAGGGAUCUACGUCAUCAUACCCGAAGGUGCAGAUGCUACAGACUCUAACAAAGAUGUUGGCAUCAUUAUUGAGGGCAUCAGAAUACUUAAACAAUGUGAGAGUCAAAAGUGUCACCAGCAGGAGGUCCGGGGCACCAACAUGAACUGGGCAGAGGGGCGGUCAAAAGACUGAGGCAGAGAACAGAGAUAUAAGCAACUAUCAAGAGUAAGAAGCAGCCUUCAAGGCUGAGAAGAUUGAACUAUGACUAUGGAAGUCAGAACAGGCGACACAAGACAAGAGAAUGAAGGGUAUUAAAUAGCAAACCUAAGAUACAGAGCAGUGCCGGCCCCACCUAAUAAGCGAUAUAGGCAGUUGCAUGGGGCCUCCGUGGCCACUAGGGGGCCCCCUGCCGUGCGUAAAAAUUUAAUUUACUUGCUCGUUGUGUCAGUGUCAAUCAUCAUGUGCGUUAGCUUUAAACUGUGUGAAGCUUAAAAAUGAAAAGGCGGCACUAUCAGUCUGCCGCAGAGAAGAGGAAGAAGAGGAAAGAAGAUGAGAAAAGAAAAGAUCAAGAAAACGGGAGACUUUUGAAAUAUUUUCCAAAGAAUGUACUUACAGCUGGUGAAAAUGCAGCAGCUACCUCCUCCUCACAUGACAGUCUUGGCCCUGUCUCAGCCUACAUUGGUCUUUUUUCCAGCUUAUCUGUUGCCUCCACCACAUCCUCCAGUGCAGCUGACAUUACUUCUUCCUCCAGUGCUGUUGCCUCCACCACAUCCUCCAGUGCAGCUGACAUUACCUUAACCUCCAGUGCUGUUGCCUCCACUACAUCUUCCAGUGCAGCUGACAUUACCUUAACCUCCAGUGCUGUUGCCUCCACCUCAUCCUCCAGUGCAGAUGACAUUACCUUAACCUCCAGUGCUGUUGCCUCCACCACAUCCUCCAGUGCAGAUGACAUUACCUUAACCUCCAGUGCUGUUGCCUCCACUACAUCCUCCAGUGCAGAUGACAUUACCUUAACCUCCAGUGCUGUUGCCUCCACUACAUCCUCCAGUGCAGAUGACAUUACCUUAACCUCCAGUGCUGUUGCCUCCACUACAUCCUCCAGUGCAGAUGACAUUACCUUAACCUCCAGUGCUGUUGCCUCCACUACAUCCUCCAGUGCAGAUGACAUUACCUUAACCUCCAGUGCUGUUGCCUCCACUACAUCCUCCAGUGCAGAUGACAUUACCUUAACCUCCAGUGCUGUUGCCUCCACUACAUCCUCCAGUGCAGAUGACAUUACCUUAACCUCCAGUGCUGUUGCCUCCACUACAUCCUCCAGUGCAGAUGACAUUACCUUAACCUACAGUGCUGUUGCCUCCACUACAUCUUCCAGUGCAAUCACAGAAGGAGCUUUCUGCUCUGCAAAUGUCUCAGCUGUUUCAAGAGAUCCAGCUGACUGGCCUGAGGUCUUGUCAGGUAAAGAGAGGGCUGGUUUAGUUAUUAGAGGACCAAGCGAUUUAAAUCCUAACUUUAAAUUUCCAAAAAGACAAGACGGAAGAAGCUUUCAUUUCCAUUACAAGUUUCGGCUCCUCACUAAUGGGGAAAAAAUCCAACGUACAUGGCUUGUUUACUCCAUGAAAAGUGAUGCUGUUUUUUGCUGGUGUUGCAAAUUGUUUUCAAAGGGCUCUUCAAAGCUAAUCACAGAGGGACAGCGUGAUUGGACUAAUAUUGGAGCAAUCCUUAAACAACAUGAAAACAGCCCUGCACACAUAAAAAGUGUGGUGUCAUGGAAAGAGCUUGAACUAGGUUUAAAAAAGGGACAAACAAUUGACCACACACAACUAACCCUCACAGAGGCUGAGAAGAGACGUUGGCGUGAGGUUCUCAUUCGACUGAUUGCAAUCAUUAAGUCUCUUGCAGAGCGAAACCUCGCUUUUCGGGGCUCUGAAGACAAAUUAAUGGUACCCAACAAUGGCAAUUUUUUAAAAGAGGUUGAGCUCAUGGCUAAGUUUGACCCUGUGUUAAGAGAGCAUAUCAGACUAGCUGACAAGCAAGGAAACCACACAACCUAUCUUGGCAAAACAAUACAAAAUGAACUAAUCUCCUGCAUCGGUGAUCAACUGGUCAAAACAAUGGUGGCUGGCAUUCAAGAGUCAAAGUAUUUUUCUAUCAUCUUAGACUGCACACCAGAUGUCAGCCACACAGAGCAAAUGUCUGUGGUGGCCAGAACUGUCAGUCUAGAAAAAGGGCCAGAGAUAAAGGAGUACUUUCUUGGGUUCUUAGAUGCUCCUGACUCCACCGGCGCUGGAUUGUCUUCUCUUAUCUUAAAAAGACUGGAGGAGCUUGGCAUACCAUUUAGUAAUUGCAGAGGCCAGUCUUAUGACAAUGGAGCCAACAUGAGGGGCAAAAAUAAAGGAGUGCAAGCUAGACUCCUUGAGAAAAAUCCACGUGCACUUUAUGUUCCUUGUGGAAGCCACACUCUUAAUUUAGUUGUUGCAGAUGCAGCUAAAGAGUCAAUAGUUGCAAUUAACUUCUUUGGAGUUGUACAGAAGCUGUUCACUCUCUUUGCAGCUGCACCGCAACGAUGGGCCAUUCUCAAAGAUCAUGCUGACAUCACUUUAAAAAGCUGGAGUGACACCAGAUGGGAAAGUCGGGUGAAAAGUAUUGAGCCGUUGCAGCACCAGCCAGAGAAGGUGAGGGAGGCUCUUUUACAGGUCAGGGAGAACACUAAAGAUCCUACAGUUAGGAUUGAAGCCCAGUCACUCGCGGAAGAAAUUGGUUCCUUCAGAUUUCAAAUCUGUCUUGUUGUCUGGUACAAUAUUCUGAGAAAAAUUAAUGUCACAAGCAAACUGCUUCAAUCUGCUACCAUGCAGCUGGAUGUUGCUGUAGAUCUCAUCCAUCAGACAAAAGCUUCUCUCGUGAGCUACAGAGCUACUGGCUUUAAUGAUGCAGUCAAGAAAGCAACUGAAAGGUGUGAGGAAAUGAAUGUUCAAGCAUUGCUUAAGGAGAAGAGGCUAAGAACCAUGAAGAGACACUUUAGUUAUGAAGCAGCUGAUGAGCCAGAGUCCAGUGCCCUAAAAAAAAUGGAAGUUUCAUUCUUCAAUGUUGUGGUGGAUUGUGCUAUCCAAACACUGGAAGACCGUUUCAGCUCCAUGGGUAAGGUGAGGGACAACUUUGGAGUGUUAAAUAACUUUCAAAAUCUUGAUACCCAGACAAUAAGGUAUCAAUGUGAGCAGCUUGGAAGAACACUGAGCACUGGAAAUGAGUCUGAUCUUGAUUGGAAAGACCUUGUCAUGGAAUUAGAAAGCCUCCCAACUCUCCCUAAAGACAAAAUGACAGCACUGGAACUACUUGCAUUCCUGCAUGAUAAAGAUAUAUGUGAGUUGUACCCAAAUCUUUGGGUAGCUCUAAGCAUUUCAUGUACUCUCCCAGUGACAGUGGCAUCAGCGGAGCGAAGUUUCUCAAAACUUAAGCUAAUAAAAACCUACCUAAGAUCCUCAAUGCCACAAGAACGUUUAAAUGCACUUGCCAUUAUUAGCAUCAAUCAUGAGGUUGGCAGCCAGCUAUCCUAUGAUGAUGUAAUAAAUUACUUUGCAAGCAAAAAAACAAGACGGGCAAGGAUUUAUGGCUUGGCAUCAGUAGGAGAUGCCUUGAUGGCAAAAUUCACUUUACUCGUUUACAGGUUAAUUUGCACUAUUGUGAGAUGUUGUUUUGUAAAGGUACUUAAUAUUUUUUUGUUAAUCUGUAAUUGGAAUGCUGGUGUCCUUAGAAUUUUAUUUUAAAGAUUCAUUUAUUAAUUCACAAAUACAGUAAAAACUUACUGUAGUGCAUGUUAUUACUUUUGAUGUUCUGCUUGUAAGCUCUUUCUUUUGAAUAAACUGAUUGCACACUUUAAGCUUUCUAAGUUAUGUUGUAUGUAUUUGCAAAUCAGAAUUUACAUUUAUGCAUUUGGUAGAUGCUUUUAUUUAAAGCUACUUACAUUAAUUGAAUUGUACUAUACAUUCUGUGUAUGUGCAAUCCCUGGGAUCGAACCCAUGAUCUCAGCAUUGCUAGAACCAUGCUCUAACCACUGAGCUACAGGAAAGCUGUAAAGGGAUUAUAUUGUGUUGUUAAUUUGACAUUGUCAGAUUGUCAGUGUGAUAUCUGUAAGGUUAGUAUGUUGUGUACAUUAGAUGAUGGGGGGCUUCAUUUUGAAAUCAGUUUAGGGCCCCCAAAAUGCUAGGGCCAGCCCCGAUACAGAGAACGGCUACAGGUGAAAGAGUGAUGAGGUAAUGAGGGACCUGUCAAGCUGUCAAAACAACGCGCAUGUGCUCAACAGAACAAAACACACACCUACACAAGACAACAAAGCCCCGAAGUGAUCGGGAUAGUGAAAGUUACAGGACAUUUGUUUCAGUACUGACAAUGUUACAUUCAUUCUUGUUUUGAAUAAAUGCAUUGUUAUUUUGUUCCCAAUUUAAAAGGAGGCACAUACUGCAAAAGAAGACUGUUUUUAACACUUGUAUGCAUUUUACCCAUUAAAAGGGCUGGUUCACCCAAAAAUGACAAUUCUGUCAUCAAUUACUCACCUUCUGUUUGUUCCAAACCUGUAUGAAUUUCUUGGUUCGUUUUUGUGGCUGUAAAAAUUACACAUAGCAACAUUUGCAUUUGAUUUGACGGUUUAUUAUAAUAAAUAUCAAAAAUCUAAAAGGUGUGCUUCAUAGCUGAUACACACAUGAACACAGUACAGUCAGUUUUGUGGCUGUACGUCAUUGCCUUUAAAUGCUA